AUGGCAGCGUCGCGCAUCGCGGCAUUACGGACCAUUGACCCGUGCCGCCGUCAAAUCAUCAAACCGUUCACCGCGUCCUGCGCAACACUACGAGCCGACACUCUUUCGAGCGCUACCGUUGUGUGUAGACACAAUCAGCGGAGGCAGCAGAGCACAUCGAACUCGUCCUACAAUGGCCCCGAGAAAUCUAACCCACCGGCUAAGCCUCCACCACCACCACAAGCACGCCAGCUUUGGAGAUUAAUGUCUUUCCGCUCACUUUUGACUUCAAUGAAACCGCAAGGAUUGAAGAAGAUGUUCAAAGAGAGCCCUGAAGAGCUUGUACUAGCCCUAGCUAUUUUCGCAGGUUUGGCAGGUAUAUCCAUCUAUAUUGUCAAGCUCUAUUUCGACUACUUCAUGGCCCGACAAUUUACCAAGUACCCCAAGCCGAUCGCAAAGUCUCUCCGUCGAGCACUAUACUACACCAACAUCAGCCCCGACCCGAACCUGGCAAGGAAAUACUACAAGCAAGCCUUGGAGCAGUGCAACGAGCUUCAGCUAGAUCCGUUCUCUGACGACGUCUUGGGCAUUAGGAUCCAGACAGCCGCUUGGCUUGAGAAGAUUGGCAACUACCAAGGAGCCAUCACUGUGUUGAAUUCAGUGCUAAGAGACUGCCUCAAGUGGGUAGAAUGGAUGGAGAAGUCCAACGCAGACGGAACAGCAGACAAGUCAGGAAAGCCGCCUACUGUCACGUUACCGCCUGCAGGUCAACGUCCAACCAUCGCAGAAGAUGAUGAAGAGAAGGCUGCUGAGGAUUUAUGGCACAAACGCACCCGUUUGCUUGCCAAAGCUGUUGGCACCAGCACCAAACUUGGUGUUCUAUACUCUGAUGAGCAUGUUAUGGAGCCAGAGAACGCCCAGGCUCGCUUGGCGUGGGCUGUCGAGACUGCCUUGAAGGAGUCACGGCGGCGCCAUGAGGAAGGUGUCAAGAAGGAAGAGGGCCCCUGGAUGAGUCCAGAGGAGAUCGGAGGAGCCAUGGAAUCCCUGGCUCAACACUACGAGUCCAAGUCUCAGUUCCAUUUGGCAGUGCCACUGUUCUUCCAAGCAUUACGUCUCUGCGACAGCCCCUGUCAUCGAGUUACAAUUAUGAACAACCUGGCUGCGGCCUUUGCGCAGCAUCCUCUUCAGACUCCACUGGAGGUCAUUCCCAACGCACCUACGACUUCCAACGCGAUGGUCAGUCCUGACAUGCCAACGGAUCGUGCCGGGUUCCUGGAAGCUGCCAAGAAUUGGGCUCGCAACGCUUACUCGCACUCCAAGGAUAUCACGGGCGACGAGCGAACAGAAGAGUGCGACGAGGCAUGUGCCGUGGCAUUGGCAAACAUGGGCGAUAUCGCUGCCAUGCUAGGAAAGAAGGAAGAUGCUAGGAAACGGUUUCAACAGGCCAUCGACAUGAGUAAAAGGAUCGGAUUUCCUUCAGUGCUGGCCCAGGCCGAGGCCGGACUCGAGAGGCUCUAG